AUGGCAUCAAAUCAGCCCACCGGCGCUGCCGGACCCCUGCCAGCCAUGCAAGAGCUCUCACCAACGACGUUCCUCUACGACCCGCCCUCAUCCGUUCCGGACCCGAACUCACCGAAGCUCGUCGCCAUCUUCAGCUGGAUGUCGGCCCAGGACGUCCAUAUCGCAAAGUACACAUCGCGGUACAUGGCGAUGUACCCCUCCGCCAGCAUCCUCCUCGUGAAAUGCCCCUUCGUCCACACCCUCUCCAACCGCAUUUCCAAGCGGCAAAUCAAGCCGGCGGUCCCCGUGAUCCGCUCUCUAGCAGACUCCAUCCCGCCGCCGGCAUCGUCCGAGACAGGGGCGGGCCAGCGGGCCCCGCAGCUCCUCUUCCACGUCUUCUCCAACGGCGGCGCCACCAACCUCGCAAAGUUCCUCGAGCUCUACGCCGACGCGGACCGCGCGGGCCGUCUGGAGCUUCCGCCGCAUGUGACGCUCUACGACUCUUGCCCGGGCGGAUUCCACUGGAUGCGGAGCUACCGCGCGAUCUCGGCCUCGAUGCCGCGGAUCCUGGCGCCGCUGGCUCACGUCUUCAUCGGCUGGUUCUGGCUCUUCCACGUCCCGUUCGGGCGCGUCGGGUUCUUUGGCAAGAUGUGGGCGGCGCUGCGGCAAAAGGCGCUGUUGGGCAGUGAGAGGCGGCGGGCGUAUUUGUACAGCAAGGAGGAUGAGAUGAUUUACUGGGGUGACGUGGAGAGGCAUGCGGAUGAGUCUGCUGAGGUUGGAUUCAAGGUCCGCAAGGAGAGGUUUGAUGGGAGUCAGCAUGUUGCGCAUGCCAAGUUGGAUCCGUCGAGGUAUUGGGGCCUUGUGAAGGAUGUGUGGGAUGAGGACUUGGCUAAGAAGAAGGUUGAGCCGCCGACGCCGACGACGAAGUCUGCUGAUGCCCCGUCAGAAUCAACGCCCGAGAAUGCUCCAGAAACUGCCGACAAGACUGCAGAACCUGUGAAGACAGCACUGGAUUCACCGCAGACUGCGCCGGAGGUUCCAAAGGCUGCUCUGAAGCAAGAGACAGCUAGCACAGCUCCUGAACCACCGAAACCCGCACCUCCGCCACCAGAGAUUGCACCUGCGAGGCCGAAGCGGCAACCUACGCCGCCUCCAACCAUCCAGUAA